UCCUGCCGGCGGACUAGCUGCUCCGGCCCCUCCCUUCCCCGCCUGCUCCCCUCCCUCCCGGGUCUCGGGAAGGUGAUGGCCCGCGGCCCCAGCUGAGCCUCCGCGGGGCCUUCCUUGGCCAUGGGCUGCAUCGGCUCCCGGAGCCCCGCGGCGUUUCUGGGGACCACCAGCUGGCUGAGGCUCGGGGACAGAGACGGCUGCUCCGGCUAAAGUGGCUGCUGACCCCAAGUGGGGUGUGGAGUGGAUAGAGCUUCCGAGAGCCCUGGGGCUGGCCCCUCGUCGACCUGCAAGAACCUUGCUUGGGUGGAGCCGACCCUCCUACCCGCCAUCUGUGGACAGCCAGGACUUAUCCGAGGUGAAUGUUGAAGACACUGUCGAAAUGCUUCCCAAGUCCCGGAGAGCACUCACCAUUCAGGAGAUUGCCGCACUGGCUCGCUCUUCCCUGCAUGGAAUUUCCCAGGUGGUGAAGGACCACGUGACAAAGCCUACCGCCAUGGCUCAGGGCCGAGUUGCCCACCUCAUUGAAUGGAAGGGCUGGAGCAAGCCUAGAGACUCCCCUUCUGCCCUGGAAUCUGCCUUCUCCUCCUACUCAGACCUCAGUGAGGGGGAACAGGAAGCUCGGUUUGCCGCAGGGGUGGCAGAACAGUUCGCUAUUGCUGAAGCCAAGCUUCGAGCGUGGUCCUCUGUGGAUGGGGAGGACUCCACUGAUGAAUCCUAUGAUGAGGACUUUGCUGCAGGAGCUGACAGCCCUCAGUCUACAGACGCAGCUGGGCAGCUGGGGCCACAUCUCCAGGACCUCCUCACCGGGCGGCGCUAUUCACGACCCUUGCGUCAAGGCUCCUGCGAUCCGGAGAGCGAUUCCUCGCAGACCGUGUCUCCAGAGACGCUGUGCUCCAGCCUCUGCAGCCUGGAGGACGGGCUGCUGGGCUCCCCUACCCAUCUGGCCGCCAAGUUGCUAACCGAAGAGCUUCUCCUCUCCAAACUGCCCCCGAGCAGGGAAAGUGCCUUCCAGAGCCUGGGCCCCCUGGAGCGCCGGGACUCGCUCUACUCUGUGUCCUACACGGAGUCCUGCCUGUCGCCUGCCGAGGAUGAGUCCAUAGCCUGCAAGGACUGCCAGCCACUGUGCCCCCCACCCGGGAGCAGUUGGGAGCUGCGACGGAAAGUGUCUGACGUGGCCUCCUCCGGGGUGGUGUCCCUGGAGGAGACCGAGGCUGAGCCAGACGAGCAGUGAACGCCGCGGCGGCUGACGGCACGCUUUCCUCGGCCUUGGCCUUGGCUGGGGGGCAGGGCCCUCCGUGCCCUGGCCCAGCUCGGGCCCACCCACAGCAGGGGAGGAGCCCCAGCGCCCCGACGGGUCCCAGGCGGCUCCUGCUCCUCCAUUGUCUGUUUUGCAUGAAAGUGUUUGGAGAGGAGGCGGAGCCGGGGCCGGGGACGCAUGUUCUGCCCCAGCUCCCGGGGGUUUGCCGGGGGCUGCCCGGGACCCCUUGAGGCACUGCUCCAGCUGUGGCAGACAGUAAUGUCCGUGUUCUUAAACAAGACAAAACAAAAAGUUGUUACACGUACCUCCUCUUCACCUCCACCCUUCCCUUGAGAGAGGUGACCCCCCCAAGGGGGGUGCUUCUCGCCACCGGGACUAUUCUGUGGGAGAAAGAGAAGGCUCUCUUCUCUCUACUCUCCUUCCCUAGCCCCUCCCCAGCCCCCUGUCCUCAUUCUCUUCUUUGUCACCUGUCACUCCCACCCCCCUCCAAAUGCUGUGCUUGAGUGAGUGAUCACCCCCGCCCCCCAAGCUGGGCUGGCCCCCUCCUUACCUCCCGGCCUCUGGCAGCUGGAGGGCCCCCAGCCCAGCUGGGUUCGUGUUGUGCCAUGCUCUGUGCUUGGAGGCUGUGCUUCUCAUGUUUGCUAAAUCUUUCCCCCAAAGAAAUGGGGUUUCUGGUCUAUUCUUUCAGUCUUGGCCCUACCUUGGAAGGGGAGGCAUGGGAAUUGAAGAAAACAAGCCACCCAUCUUUCCUGCUGGCUCUCCUCUCCUUUCCUCCUCUCAGGCAUAGAGACAGCAUGGUGCAGGGGGAAGCAUCCUGAGUCUGGAGUCAUACAACCUGGGUGCAGAUUCUGCCUUUGAUGCUUACUUCCUGUCUGACCCUGGCCAAGUCAUUUUACCUCUGGGCCUCACUGUCCUCCCAUGUAAAAUGAGAGGGUUAAACUAGAUGGAUUUUCUGGUCCCUCCUGGUUCUAAAUUUGGAUUUCAUGAUUUCCUCUCUGCUGUAUUUCCUUUUCUUUAACUCUGCCCCCUCCCCCCACUGCCUUCCCUACCUCCAUCCAGUUUUAUACCCUGGUUAGGCCCUGGCUCCUGUUCUCCUGUCCACCUUCUUCUCAUUUCCUCUUUCCCCUGUAUUGGAUGCACCCUGGGGAUGGGGACUGACUGGGGGAGCAGACCCCUUGUACCUCCUCUCCCUACUCUCCCUCCCAUCUUCCAUAACUGAGUAGUUCCAACACAUGGAACUGGGGGAGAGGUGUGUGUGGGACGCGCAGGACAAAAUCCCAGACCAGGAAACUUCACCGAGGGUCCCAGGAGGGCAGGGGUUGGAAGGAGUGAAAUCCUGUCUCUGAGGGCUAGAGUUGGGUCACGAGUGGCUGGUGGGGCUCAGCCAGUUGAGAGGGUGUAUCCUUGGGGAAGGGUGAUCAUCUUUCAGCGGUACCUGGAAAGGUAGACUUGAGCUUGGGCUCCCACCUGGAGCCUGGGUCAGGGCAUCACUGGUAGGUGUCCAAGGACAGAGCCCUGAGGAUGUCGGCAGACCAGGCCCUGGAGGCAUGGCACUGAGAGUGUGGCCAGGGUAAGGGCAUGGGAACAGACAUUCCAGGCUUGAGUGGUUCUAUUAGGGGUUUAUUUUGUUCUAUUUAAGACUCUGUUUUAUUAAAUUAAUAUAAAAAU